AUGUCUUUCUCAUACCACAAAUCACCUAUUCGACUUUGGUGGCGCCGACAGCAACUAUUUCGUUAUCGACGAAUAUCUUUCAUAUGGUUUAUAUUUGUAUUUAUUUGUAUUCUUAUUGUACCGAAUCCAUUUUCUGCUGAAUAUAGUCGAAUUGCUAUUAAUCAAGAUAUACAAUGGAAUAGUAUCAAUGAAACAUUACAAAUUAAAGAACAAAUUCUUCAAAAUGAAAUAAUAUCAGAUAAUAGUAAAGUUGUUAAACGUGGAAUUAUUGAAGAACAGUCUACGUCUCCUAUUUUAAUUGUUCUUUUUACAACAAUUUUUCGUGAUAAAAAAUUUUGUUCAUUUUCUAUCGAACGUAUUUUUGGUAAAACUUGUCCAUCAAAAAAUCGUUGUCAAUGGUCAUGUGAUCAUGAAAAAUUUCGCGAAGCUGAUGCAUUAAUAUUUCAUGCUUAUGAUAUUCCAUUAUCUCGAGCUCCAAUGCCGAAUCGUUCGGAAACUAAACCAAAUUCAGUUUGGAUUUUAUGGUCAGAUGAACCUCCAACAAUAAUUAAUUAUGGUUUACUUAAAUCUUAUCAUUUCAAUUGGACAAUAAGUUAUAAAUUAAAUAGUGAAAUAUCUAUUGGAUCGUAUGGUUUAUUUAGUAGACGAAUUCAUCCAUUAUCAGAUAAUACAUAUCAAGAUUGGAUAGAAAAAGAAUAUUAUAAUCGAACAAAUGGUGCAUUAUGGUUUGUUUCAAAUUGUCAUUCAAAAAAACGUUUAGAAAUAUUUUAUAAAUUAAAAUAUGCAUCGAAUUUAUUAAAUGAAGGUUAUGGUCGUUGUGUAGAUUAUUAUCCGAUACAUUUAUGUAGUUCAUUUAGUCAAUGUGAAUAUAAUUAUAUGUCAAAAUUUAAAUUUUAUCUAAGUUUUGAAUCAAAUACAUGUCGAGAUUAUAUAACAGAAAAGUUUUAUAAAGCAUUCUAUUAUGGUGUUAUACCGAUUGUAUAUGGACCAAAAAGAAAUGAUUAUGAACGUUUAGCACCAAAGAAUUCUUUUAUACAUAUUGAUGAUUUUCAUGAUGAUAUAGAUAAACUUGCUGAUUACAUGAAAGAAAUUCAUUCGAAUUUAACUUUAUUUUCAAUGUAUCAUCAAUGGAGAAAAAAUUAUGAGGUUAUUAUUGAUGGAAAAGCAUUAGAACGUAUACGAAUGUGUGAAUUAUGUCAACGGUUAAGUAAUUUGCGAAAAGAUGAUAUGAUCUAUUAUGAAAAUAUUGAGAAUUUCUAUAAUGAUGGAUGUCGGUGA